UCAGUGAAAUGACACUGAUACCCACAUCGCUGGUACAUCUAGGAUAGCACACGUAUAUAUUCUAGUUUAAAAUCACUAACCACGGUCACUAAAAACUAUACACCGUUAACGUUGUUACUACGAUCACAUUGACACUGUUCUCGUAAGAAUCUGUUUUCACCGAAAUCUCACUGAAAUUGUUAACUCCGGGACCUCACGAAGAUUGGUUUUUACCGGGAUCACACGGAAACUGUUGUCAUCGAGAUCACACGGAAACUGUUGCCAUCGAGAUCACACGGAAACUGUUGUCAUCGAGAUCACAUGGAAACUGUUUCACCGGGAUCACGCGUAAACUGUUGUCAUCGAGAUCACACGGAAACUGUUGUCAUCGAGAUCACAUAAAAACUGUUGUCAUCGAGAUCACGCGGAAACUGGGAUUAAUGGGAUCACACGAAAACUGGGAUUAACGGGAUCACACGGAAAAUGGGAUCACCGGGAUAUCACGGAAACUGAUAUUAAAUGGAUCACACGGAAACUGAUAUCAACGGCAUCACACGGAAACUGGGAUCACCAGGAUCACACAAUUUUAUACAAACUUAACAACGGAAACUGUUAUCGCGGUGAUAAUGCGGAAACUGUUUUAAUCUUGAACACAUAGGCCUGAUAUAACCGGGAGCUCACAGAAACUGUAUCGGUAUCAGACAGGAUCUCAAAAGCAGUUGAAACAUGUGCACAAGCCGAGUGAAAAGUGGUGGGAAAAUAUGGUUACUAGUAGCUUAUUACUGUAAUCGUGUCAGACUUUGAGUCAAACAUACGAAUGCAAAGGCGUUCUUGAAAAUUUUGAUAUUUUUAUGAGUAAAAUGAAUUACAUUACUCUGAACGUGAGGGGAACUAUAUUCAUUGUCGAGCAAACUUUCGUUAAUGAAAAUUUGAAGCCGUCUUCACCAUUGUUCGACCUCAAUGAGAACUCCAAGUAUUACAAUAGAGAAAGGGACGAAUUUUACUUCAACAGGAGUGCGCUGGUGUUUGACGCGGUGCUCGACUAUCUCGCUACCGGAAGUCUCCAUGUUCCAGGAAACGUAUGCCCGGGGAAAUUUCAAAGGGAUUUAGACUUCUGGGGAGUUCCUAAUCACAAAAUAGAGAAAUGUUGCUGGAAUGUGCUUUACAGAGCAGAUGAGGAUAUUGCAACUAUCGAGAAACUGUUGAAUCAUAUUUCAUGCGAUAGCACAACCAGACGUGAUCAGGUCUCCGAACAUGCUGCUGUAAAUUGCUGUUCAAGGUCUUCUAUAUACAGUGUUCUAACAGACAACUCAACAAACGGUGGAAAGGUUUGGUACGGGGUACUGUGUGUGACGAUCCUCUUGUCUACCUUCCUCUUCGUCAUCGUGUCCGUCCCAGCAUUCCGUGUACCGGUAGACAAUACGAAAACCUACCCAUAUAGUGUGCCGUCCAACACGGCCUUUAUGUACUACACAACACGCCCACAUUACGCCGUAGUUGUUCUGGACAGCGCUUGUAACAUAAUUUUCACGGUCGACUGGCUUAUCCGAUUUUUCUGCGCACCAAGCAAAGCAUCAUUUAUUCGGGGGUUCCUUCCUUGCGUGGAACUUAUCUCCUGGGUGUUUCAGUGGAUUACUUUGGUGAUGGAGAUUUACCGGGACUCACUUGCUGUUGACGGUCUAUAUCCAGUCUUGUUUAUUAUUUCGUUAAUCUGUUGUACGAGAGUAUUACGAGUCUUCAGGCUCAUCAGCCAUAAUGUCGGAGUUAAGGUUUUGAUCUUGUCCUUGAAGUCAAGCGCCAGAGAACUGUUUCUACUUGCUGUGGGUUUCGGUUGUGUAGCCAUCAUUUUUGGUCUUCUUCUUUACAUGGCGGAAUUAGGAACAGAUUCUGAGGUGACGCUCCCCAAUGUCCUUGUGUCCAUCUGGUGGGCAGUGGUAACGAUGACAACAGUGGGUUAUGGGGAUUAUUAUCCGACUACCCCACAAGGCUAUUGCAUAGGUUGUUUAUGUGCUCUGACGGGGAUUCUGCUGAUUGCCCUUCCGAUGGCUGUCACGUCGUCAAAUUUCAGUGACUUUUACACGUUUAAUAAAUAUCGCGAACGAUACAUGAAAUCGCUAGACACAAAAGAUGAUUCGGAUACCUAAAAUAACCGAAUGACAAUAAUUAAAAUAUGCGAACUUUGGUAUUUGACAAUAAGUGUGUUUAGCGUUUGAUUAGGAUUUUUCCUGCUAAGCAAACCAUGAUCAUUAAAAAUACCUAAAUCCGGAGUUCGAGCUAACUAUGUUGUUUACGUUGUAUACCCGAUACUGCAGUAUGUGGAUAAUUCUGGUUGUCAUGCCUAAUUGUUCUCCUCGGAAGUUGAUCAGAUAUAUCUGUCCAUGAGAACAUUACUGGUACAUGAUACAAUUAUGUACUUAUCAUGGUAUAUCGAGGUAGUUGUCUGUUGUGAUUACCAAGGAAAGGAACCAGUGUCCGACCCUCUUCACUGUAUCCAGGAGUCAUUCUGGAAGCCUACGUAACACCGUGACAUUAGUCUGUCACGUGGUAUCAGUCUUAGACUUGGUUAGUUUAUCUCAGAGUAGUGGGAUAUUACCAGACUCUCUAUGUAAAUGUAAAUCCAGUAUUUUCGACUGUUAACCGGUUAACAUUGUUUAUCAUUGUUUUGUUGAGACUAUUGGGGUUUUAAAUGAUUGCUAUUAUUAUCUUUCGUGGAAUGUUUAUUAUCUUACAUUCUCUGAAAUAAUCGUUGUAUAUUUCUUGUGUGAAAUUCACGCUUGCGCUUUAGUUUUUGUUUCGUUUGUUUGUUUUUUUUCUCUUAAGUUUCCGAUCACUUACUUACGUUAUUAACGUACACUACACAUCCCGAUUAUUGUUAGUAGUGUUAAAUAUGCCAGUGUUUCUAACUGUUUCUUGUUAAUUAUUUGUGUAUAUUUACAUCUCUCCCUUCUUCAGCUUAGAAAACUCUGACUGUGAAUAAAUUGGAGUAUACGCAGUGAAAAGGCUCAGCGGAUUAAUACGCGCGGGAAUUGGUAACAUAAUCAUGACGUCGUCUCUUUGUGACGUUACCUGUUACGGCGCCUGUUCAGCACAAUUUUAGUGUUUUCUCCUGUUACACGAUGAUUUCUGUAACAAAACAAAAACAAAACAAAAGAAAGAAAAAAUCGUCACACGAGUAUUUAAUCAAAAAAAUAAACCGAAUAUUGCGGAAAUGGGUGCAUAUUUAACUUCUCCACGAGAUAAGCUAUCUAUCAAUAACAGAUGACUGAAGCGUACAGUAACAUUUGACCACGUCACUGCUAAAUCUGUGUUAAUACACGGUUAGCUUGAUAACCAUAGUUAAUCCGAGACGGAACUUGCGUUUUGUAACUAUACCAAUUAAUGUAUUAACAAAAAUGUUGGCAGCCUUCCAAUGUGUGUUAAAAAAUGUUGGGUUCUCUCUUUAAAGUUUGUUAAUAACACUGGUGUCAUUGCAUAGAUUCACUGGAACUAUAUCAUCUUGCCAACCACAGCUGUCGUAAUUACCGACGUCGCAACACGGUAUUUCAACGAAUUGUUUGAUGUAAAUAUAUGUAUUGAACGUUGUUAAAACACCAUUCAUUCCCUAUAUAUAGUCUGGUGUUGUCCAUGUAUUGUAUGUAUCGAUCUGGGUGUUUAAUAAACGCCUGUUUUGUUCUGA